AUGAGCUGGUAUGGUGCGGCAAACUAUGUGUGCAAAUUGGGUGUGCACACUGUUGUGCAGCCCGUGCUGUGGAUGACCCAACAACAGCAACAGCAACAACAACAACAGCAGCAACAGCAGAGCGGUGUGGUUUCUUCCUGGCUCGCCUCCUCUGCAUCAGCAAGCAGUCUCGUCACCUCCAACCCCAGCAAAACCAGCAACAGCGCCAGUCACGACGGCAGCAACAGCGUUGGGUCUGUGCGACCGUUACACACCGUCUUGAAACAAGAGCGACAAGCUCUCAGCACCACACCGCAUGGGCACCCAAUCUCACAGGAUGCCCUUGCAGUGCCACCCACGCCCACAUCCACGAGCUCAGCGACGCGUGUUGCCAGUGCUUCCGGUACCGCCGACGGACAAAAUCGUCGUCCUGCUUCUCGCGUGCAUGCCAUAAACACACCACACACCCAGCAGACGCACGGCUCGCCGAGGCCUCAGCGUACACACGGCGUCACUGCACACCAUGCGGUGCCCCGAUCACUCACCCGUCUUGUGCUGGACCCGAAGGGCAAACGACACACAACCUCUGAUAGCCAACACACCAACCAAGAACAACGGCAGUCACAAUUGCAAACAGAUUCACGCAAACAGCAGCCUCAAACACCAAGCCCAGUGAAAGAAAAGGCGAGCUUCAAUGCAAGUUUACACGCGUGCGCAUCUGGGCUGCACCUCUCGCUGUCCCUCCUGAGCUGUGCCAGCUUGCCACACCUGGGCAGCUCGCUGGUCUCGCGCGCGUACCCGAGCAUCGCCAACAUGAUGGACCUUGACGCCGACAGCGACGGCACUGGCGAUGACGUUGGUGGUGAUGAUAUGGAUGAUGGAGGAGACGGCAUCAGCGAUGUGGAAGACAUUGAUGCGAGCGAGGUGCUGCUGCCAACGCCAGCGCUGGCCGAUGCGUUUGCAGACGCGCUGUUGCAGUGCUGCACCGAAGGAAAGGUGUCUGUCGUGCAGCGCACACUCGAGGUAACUCCGGCACUGGUGACACACGUGCGGGCAAGCGACGGCGCCCAGCCCAUCCACGCAGCAGCAGCAGCAGGGCAGGUGGACGUGCUCCUGUGCCUCAUUGCGCUUGGUGCAGACAUCACAGCAACGACGACACACACACGGGAGACGGCGCUUCAUCUAGCCGCGCGCGGGGAUCAUGCCCUCGCUGCCACCGCCAUCCUGGACCAGACGGCCGGCGCUCUUCUCGUCAACUGCACCGAUGCACGAGGCGCCACACCGCUGUACAUGGCCUGCUACAACGGGCACACGCGCGUGGCAAAGACGCUCGCCCUCGCCGGCGCCAACCACUCGGCCACGCACGCGUCUGGAGCAACGGCGCUGCACAUUGGCGCGUGGAAGGGCCACGCGGCCGUGGUCCGGUUGCUUGCAUGCACGGCACCCGCGCUCAUCAACGCGCAGACGUGUGCGGGCGCAACGCCGCUGCUUGCUGCCUGCACAAACGGGCACGCGGAUGUUGUUGAGUUUCUGCUCUGCCACGGCGCCAACCCGCUGGUGCGCAUGUACGACGGAACCACGUGCCUGCAGGCAUCGCGGCGCGGCGGCUACGUGGAGAUUGAGGCCAUGCUGCUGUACGCCAUUGCCCACAUCCGCGCGCACACGUGGGACUUUGUCUUUGACUGCGACGUGCCGGUCGAAGAGGGGGAGGUGGAUGUGACAGAUGACGUCGAUCUGACGGAGGAGGUGGGUGUGGUGGAAGAGAUGGAUGUGACAGAAGACGUUGGGGCGACAGUGGAGGUGGUUCAAGCUGAGCAGAAAAGAGCGAUGAUGCAAGAAGGAGAUGAACACGCGACAGAUGCGACCACGGCUGCAGGGAGGCGGGAUAAGCGCCACGGCAUCAACAAUGGCGUGCAGUGGCUUGAAAAGGAAGGGAACAAGUCACUUGGUAACAAUGAUGACGGUAAUGGUGGUGAUGACACCGUGUGCGGCGUUGGGCGUUCGUCUGUUGUGUCGUGGACACUUGGCUGUGAUGACAGUGACGACGCGAGUGACAGCGACAACUUUAUCAAUGACGAUGGCGACGGCGCCAAUGAGUAUGACAACGAGUAUGAUGAUGAUCGCGAGUACGACGCUGAUGAUUAUGAUGAUGGCCACUGUGCUGCAGCUCGGCGGGUGUGGCGGGCGCAGGUGUGGCGGGAGCUGCUGGUGCUCAGUGGCAGCGACGACGACGACGACGACGACGACGACGAUCAUGGUGGGUGCGAUGGGUGUGGUGAGGUGAUGGUCGACUGGGACUGCAACAUCCUUGCUGACAGUGAGCAACGACGAGAAGAUGGCUGUGCAGAGGUGCUCCAGCAUAAGCUGAACCUGCAACAACAACAACACCACCUCCGUGACCACCACCGCCGCCGCCACAGCAGCAGCAGCAGCAGCAGCAGCAGCAGCAGCAGCAGCAGCAGCUUCACCACAGCGACACCAACAACAACAUCAACAACAACAUCAACAACAACAGCAACAUCAGCAACAGCAUCAACAACAGCAACGUCCGACACGGCAAGAACGGCGACGUGGGUGGUGACGGCUGACGGGCACCCCGUGCUGGCAUCAAAAGUGGAGGAGAUCAGACAACAGCUGCUGCUGCACGACAUUCAAGCCGAUAUCAGCACCAGCACUCUGCCAUCCACAGCACUGCUCGCUGACAGUUGUACUGUAAGUAGUGGUGAUGGCGGUGCGCAGUGCGACCGGCGGCGCCGGUCGAUGCAGCGCGCAGCAGUGAAGAGAAGUCGCAGGUGUGCACGCACCUCCGCCAUGAACGAUAACGACAACGACAACGACAACGACAAUGAUGGUGGUGAGGGACCGGUUGUGCGGCAGCGUUCACGGUUUCGCCUCAACAGCGAUGAUGACUUUGACCUCGUUGGUGCAGUGUUGCCGCGGCAGCCGGCGCUGCUUGCACACGCACACGUGCACUGGUGCUCUUCCAGCGACGGCCGCAUAGUGGAGGUUGGCGAUGGUGAUGACGACAACAGCAGUGAGAAAGACAGGCGCGUGCGCGUUGAGCGUGGCAGCGUGGCAGCACGAUCCGGGCUGAACAAGCGGGGGCGCAGACGACGCGCACCGCCACCGUCUGUCAUGUUUCCCGAGUCCCUCAGUCCUUUUGCGUUUGCACUCGCCAUGCCAUCAAGUUAAACGCCAUUUGUGGUGUGUGUUCGUGUGUGUGUGUGUGCUCGUGUGUGUGUGUGUGUGUGUGUACGUGCAUGUGCUUGUGUGUGACGUCACAUCAUGUAUCACUGGUUCGCGCGUCGUCCAGGGCGUUGAGCGCCUUGCGAUAUGACGUGAUGUGAUGAUUGGUUAGGUAGGGAUGCAAGUCAAUCAAGGUGUCACACCCUUCUUGACAACAGCUCGCAUCAACACAUUUGACGCUAGAUGACACAAUGGAGACUUUUGGAAUUGUUCGUGAUGAUGUGAUUUCUUACUUGCUUGCUGGCACAAGUGCACUCACAUCACGGUGCCAAUGUAAACAAACGACAAC